AUGGGCUUUCCAUUCCUUACAAAGCCUAAAGAGGCACCGCCGAACAAAGACGCACCACCAGUCAAAGAGGCGCCUGUAAUAUGUCCUUUUGAUGAGGAACCACAGCCUCCCCCCGGAGCAUCUCCUGCGCGCUUCUGGCUUCUGAGUACUGGCAUCUGUCUCGGAUUGUUUCUGUCUAUUAUCGAUUCUUCCAUAGUGGCGACAGCUCUUUACACCAUCGGCAGCGACUUUCGAGACCAUCGCGCCAUCAACUGGGUUGCUCUCGCCUAUACCUUAGCCUACCUCGGAUGCGCGGUGGCCUUCGCUCAUCUUUCAGAUGUCAUUGGCAGACGCAAUGCAUUUAUUCUAGCAUAUGUGAUAUUUUUCGCGUUUUCUCUGGCUAGUGGUUUUGCACAAAACCUUCGCCAGCUUAUUGCCUUCCGAACAAUCCAGGGCAUCGGGGGCUCAGGACUGUACUCCUUGACCAUGAUCAUUCUGCCAGAGACCUGCCCCCCCAGUCGCAUAAAAUUCAUUGGUCCUAUGAUCGGCAUGGUCAUAGCUGUUUCUGGCGUUCUCGGGCCUGUUUUGGGCGGCGUCUUGACCCAAUAUACACAGUGGCGCUGGAUCUUUUGGAUCAACGGUCCCAUCGGCGCGAUGUCGAUGAUCCUUUUCGUGCUCAGCUGGCCCAGCAAAGAGCAGCACAACCCUGCAAACCGCCUGAAAUGGAAGGACUUCGAUUUCUUUGGCACCUUCCUCAUUGUUGUCGCCUCGGUUCUAGUUGUGUUUGCUUUCCAAAACGCCGGAGAGUCUCUUUAUGAUGCUUUCAAUAGCUCCAGUUUUAUCGCCCCGAUCACCAUUGGCUUGAUAUGCUGGGUUGCUGUAUUCGCUUGGGCAGUUCUGGUGGAUAAUGGCCAAUUUGGAAAACACCUUGUGCCUGCCGUCCCUUUCAGAUUGUUUCGAAACCGACAUUAUACUUCUGCGGCUCUCACCACUUUGCUGAUCGGCUAUCCCUAUCUGCAGAUCAUCUUCACAUUCCCGACUCGCGCUCAGGUUGUAAGUGGUAAAACUGUUUUGGUCAGUGGACUUGAGCUGCUUCCUAUGAUCGGAGGUUCGGCCAUUGGGAGCAUUACCAGUGGAGCGGUGAAUAGCAAGAAGAAUUUUCUUUUUGAGACGAUUGCCACUGGUUGCUGUCUCACCUUGCUUGGGUGCGGACUUCUGUCUACAGUUCAUGGACAUGAAGAUGAUGCCAAAGCGCUAGGCUUUUUAGUCUUUCCUGGACUGGGAUUCGGGCUGUCCACUGCUGCAGCCACAAUGUUGGUCACCUUCGAAGCAUCCAUCGCUGACGCUGCUCCAGCACACGGUAUUCUGGCUCAGAUGAGAAUCUUGGGUGGAAGCAUUGGUAUUGCUACUGCUUCGAUUCUUCUUCGGAACAAAAAGGCAGCGGCGGUGGGCGGCCACGUCCCGCCUAACGAUAUAGGACAUCCCGGCGAAGGCGUCGGACGUUUCGAUUCACAUAAGCAUAAUCCCGUCGUUUCGGCCUAUUCGGAAGCUUUCCGAGAUGGAAUGCGAAUAUGCAGCAUAAUUGCCGGCAUUGCAGUCCUGGUGUCCAUUUUGGGCUUCCGUCGAACGCGAAUGGAUAUGAACGAACAGCGUGCGAAGCUGUUUCGCGAAGAGGAGAUGCGACGUGCUAAUGAACAUGCACAGAGCAGCGAAAGCGUCGGAACUGCGCGAAAGCGAUAG